AUGAACUCUUUGGCGAACUUCUUCUGCUCGAUCGGAGCCAGGAGCNNGGUACGUAAAGCUGCACCUACCCACCUUGCUCUUUCGCAAAAGGAUGAGAUGGACGCAAUUGUCAAGAGCCUGAGUGUCAACACAACCAAGACCAGGAGACUUGAUCGCCGGUCGGACGAAGUAGUCGCAAAUUCAGGCUCGAACACCGUCUUGUUCUUCACUGUUGCUGGUUUGUUGGGUUGGGCACUGACUGGUACCAAAUUCUCGCGCAACACCGGCUGGCAGGUUGGCAUCUCCGAUGCGCAAGCCAUUAUCAUCAUGGUGUUCGAUGCUUUUCUCGUGCGUCAGCAGUUGAAUGCGCACGAUCAGGGUUUGGUCGUUGCUUGUCAUCUCCAGUCCAGGACCCUCAGUCAUAAGAGGAUGCUUCGCACAUUGUCUCGUAUGGAGAAGCCUCAGAAGACCAACCUGACUCAAGCUGAUGUAUCUGAUACCCGUGCUGGACUGCCUACUGAGGAUACCAUUGGUAAGGCCUGCAAUGCAGUCUCUGCGUUCAUGGGUCAUAUUGCAGCCGUUGCUGCAUACGUGGUUUGCAUUGUCAUCUGGCUUGCUUUUGGACACUACUGCCAUUGGUCGGAUGUUUGGUUCUUCUACAUCAGCACUUCUACUUCUGCAUUGAUGGUGUUCAUGCUUGCACUACUUGCUAACGAUCGCGAGCGACAUGAACGAUUUUUAAGUCAAUGCACUACUCAGCUCAUGACUGUCGACACAGAACUUGAAGUUGUGCUCCGCAACAUUACAAAAGACAUGACCGAAAAUGAGACAGUUAUCAUUGAAGCACCCGCAGUCGGUAGACUCCAGCGUGCAAUCAACUUUUACGCGGAUCUAGUUGGCACACUCUUGGGUAUCGCUCUGUUGACACUGAUCCUUGUUGUCUGGGUUGUUCUUGGUCCUAUCCCGAAGUUCUACGCAAACUGGUGGUUGUUGAUCGGCACAUAUGCGGGUCUCAUUGGCAUGAACGACGGUUUCGUGCUCAAGAACUUGUCUAAAGUGUGUGCUCGCUUCGAAGACAAGCAAUACGAACAGCAAAUCCUCGAUGAUGCGGAUUUGGUCGCCACCAUCCGAGCUCCCAGCUUGCAAGCCAGUGAAACGCAAGCGGUGGCCCGAGUUGAUAUCCGCUUCUCAAUCGCGAUGGGCAAGGCUUUGUCGCACGAGUACACUGUGGCGAUCGGUUUGGUGUCGAUUCUAGGACUGCUGCUCGUGGCUAGCUUGAUGCGCUGGAACGAGCUGGGACAGAUCAUCUGCAAUGUUCCGCCCAGCAUCAUCGAGUCGUUCUUCACGCUCAUUCUCAUCACUGGGCACAAUAUUGGAGACAAGCAGAGGCGUACGAGUCUGCAGAGCAUCUAUCAGACCAGACUUGACUUGAUUUCCCGUGUCAAGGACUGGCGGACGUAG